CUCGUUCUCCCCUCUGCUUUUUGGCCUGUUUUUCUUACCAACCGCGUAAAAGUAAAUUUCACAACUUGUUUAAAUUGUCACUGAUAUGAAAAAUGAACGAAAGCAAGCGUAGUUUACUAUGAAUUAACUGCCUAAAAACCAAUAGAAUAUAAACGAACAUAGAAACAACGGUUUGGCGCUUAGAAAUCCCGACUUCAGGUUGUACUAGAACUGCGCAGUUAAAAUCAAUAACCAUAACUGUAAGGACUCCUAAAUGUGAAACGCCCAGGACAAACAGGAACAGUGCGAACAAUGUCCGACGAAGAAGAAGACUCGGUGUCCGAGGGCUUCUCUGCCAGCGAGGACGAGUGGAAGCCCAACAAAAAUGCUCGCGGAGGCGAAUCAUCGGACGACGACGAUAGCGACUUCGAUGAGAUGCAAGCCGCGGGGGCGGCUGGUGCUGCGGGUCCUAGCGGCCGAUCGUCUGCGGGCGCAUCAAAAAAGAGGGAUCAGAAACCGCCGAGCGGCAUAAAGGGAGCUUCAGUAAAGAAGCGCAAGCCAAGUGGCCAAUCUCUGCGCUCAAAGCUGUACAACAAGUACCGACCGCCGCCAAAAACUUUUCCCACAUCGCCCUCCCAGCAGAACUCGCCAUCAGCGUCGGGUUCAAAAAACGCAAGAACGCCCAAUGAAAGUGGUGCACAGGAUCGGCACUAUGCCGAUUCCAGCAGUGAAUCCAGUGUAGAGGACUAUUUGGUGAAUCCCGCUGACCUCGAUCUACGCUCGAGCUUCUUUUCGGCUCAGCCAUCGUCAAAGGACAAGUCGCCAGCGCCUCAAUUCGAUUGCAAUGCGGGUAUUAAAAUUCUCUCAGACUCUGGCUCCGAGGAUAACAAUGACAGCAGCGUCGAGGACAAAGCGACCAAUGCGUUUGACUUCCGCGGGCUCCUAGAGAAUGCCAACAGUCUGGAGCGCACCAGGGAUGCGCUGGCCAGACGCGCCGUCACAGCCGCAUCGCCCAAAAAUCGCGCUGCCACAAUGGAUGUCAAUGCACUGCUUGCAUUGGGCGAAAAUCCAAAUCAGAACUACGCCAAGGCGAUUGAAUCUGAUAAGGACGAGGUCAAGGAGGAGCGAGCAAGGCGACGAGCUUCUGCUGCUGCGGAAGCCCCGCUGCCUCCAAUGGACGGACCGCCUCGUCUAAGCAAGACCAAGUCGACGCGCAUAAAACGACACACAAAGACGCGGCCCGUGUCCACUGUGGUAGCUGCUGCUCAAGACACAGACGACUCCGAUUUUGAGGAAGUGGCAGACGCGGAACUUGGCAGCGACGAGGAUGGUGCCGCCACUCCGAACAUCUCUGGCGAUCUGGAAAUCCACGUCGGCCAGCAGGCCGGCCGCCUUACCAAGGAGCAGAAGACCCAGCACGAACUGGAAUUGGCGUUCAAGCGUCGCCUCAACCGCGACAUUAAGGAUCGAUAUCAGCUGCAGCACAAGGUCAGUCUGAUGGCCCAAAUGACUCGCAGCAUGAUAUACAAUCGUCUGCUGGGCGACUCCGAGCUAAUGGCAGGGGCGCUGAAGCUGCUGCCCAGCAAGAAUGCCUACCCCACGGAGCGGGGCACAGAGUUGAAGUAUCUGCAAUCCUUUGUCACAUGGUUCAAAACUGCCGUCAAACUUCUUCACCCCCACUUGUAUCCUGAGCAAACGGCGGAUACAAAGCAGGGCAUUAUCAAGGAGCUACUGACUCAAAUCAAGCGCAAGGAAGCUCGCUGCAAGCAGGAUAUGAUCUUCAUAUUUAUAGUACUUGCACGAGGAAUGGGCAUGCACUGCCGGCUGAUCGUGAAUCUGCAACCAAUGCCGCUGCGGCCCGCAGCCAGUGACCUAAUUCCGAUCAAGCUAAAAUUGGAUGAAAAGAAUAAGAGUCAGAGUCAAAAUCAGACGGUAGAUUCCGAUGAUAACAGCGACAACUCCGCUGACGAAACGGUGGAGCGCAAACCUGCAACCAGGGCCAAGCCUGCGACGGUGAUAAAUAGUGGCAAGCAAAAGCUGCGCCCCUUUACAGAACCCAAAGGGCCCAAUCCCAGCUCACGCAGUGUGAAAAGUGUCCAGAAGGAGGGCGAUGCAGCUAAGCCGCCCAAAAAAGAGGCUGAAGACAUCAAGCCAAGCAGUAGUUCCAGCGCAAAGUCAAGGAAAGUCAAGGAGGAAUGUGACCGUGAGCGAGUACAGAAGUCCAAGUUGGUCAAAAGCGAAAGCCCGUCUAAAAGUGGUCUUUGGGCGAGCCCAAAGUCCGAAGAAUGUGGCACCGAGGAAAAGCCAAGUACUUCGAAAGCAGCCAGGCCGCAGUUGUCGGCGCUAAAGCGUGGCGGCACGGUUACAGGAAUUUCAGGAGCGGACGAGAGCAAGAAAGUCAGGUUGGCUCCUCUAAAUGUUUUCUCCCCAGUAGCAGGACGUACACGUAACUCAGCUGAAAAGCCAAACCCUGCAGCUCUGCAAAAGAACAGAGCGGGGUCCCCGCAGAAGAUCGGAUCCCCAGUCAUUCCCAAGCUGGUCUUCUCGAAAGCCAAACUGCAGAAUGCCAAGCACAGUGAUGCGGAGAACGCAAAUCCCACAGGGAAGCAUCAGCCGCAGCAUCAGCAGCAGCUAAGUGCGCGUGAGACGCGCUCGCGUAGCAAGUCGCCAAAGGUCCACAUCUCACCCACUUUUUUAACGGGUAAGUCUGGCGCUGAAAGAGCAGAGAGCACAACGAGCCAAGCGCUUAGCAAGGGCCAAGAGGCUGAGGCCACAACAUCUGCUGGACGGCAGCUCCGGACUCGCCAGCAAAAGAUCGGAAAACGGGCCAUACCUCAGUUAGAUGGCACCGACGACCUGCCAGUGUCCAAGAAGCGACUGAAGCUGGAAAAGCUGCAUAGGUCGCAUGAUUCCGAGGAAGUAUUUGAGCCAGCCAAGCCAGUGAAGAAGGCGCCGAUCCUGCCCAAGGCAGUGGAAAAGUUGCGCAAGGACAGGCGAGUCUUGUCGACUGAUGAUGAGAGCGGCUCCAAAGGCAAGCACAGGCUUGACGCAUCGGACAUGUGGGUGGAGGUCUGGUCCGAGGUGGAGGAGCAGUGGAUCUGCAUUGACUUGUUCAAGGGAAAGCUGCACUGUGUAGACACAAUAAGGAAAAAUGCAUCUCCAGGCCUGGCCUACGUAUUUGCCUUCCAGGAUGAUCAGAGUCUGAAGGACGUAACCGCUCGCUACUGCGCCAAUUGGAGCUCCGUAGUUCGUAAAGCACGCGUUGAAAAGGCCUGGAUCGAUGAAACCAUCGCUCCGUAUCUGGGUCGUCGCACUAAAAGGGAUAUUUGUGAGGACGAGCAGCUGCGGCGCAUACAUUCGGAUAAGCCCCUUCCCAAGUCUAUAGCCGAAUUUAAAGAUCAUCCGCUGUAUGUUCUCGAACGGCACCUUCUCAAGUUCCAGGGCCUCUAUCCUGCAGAUGCACCGACUCUUGGUUUUAUCCGUGGGGAAGCUGUCUACUCAAGAGAUUGUGUGCAUCUUCUGCACUCCCGAGAUAUUUGGCUGAAGAGCGCCCGCGUCGUGAAGCUGGGUGAGCAGCCCUACAAGACUGUCAAGGCACGUCCUAAGUGGGAUAAGCUCACGCGCUCUGUUAUUAAAGACCAGCCCCUUGAGAUAUUUGGCUACUGGCAAACACAGGACUACGAACCUCCCACCGCUGAGAACGGCAUUGUGCCACGCAAUGCCUACGGCAAUGUGGAGCUAUUCAAAGCUUGCAUGCUUCCCAAGAAGACAGUGCACCUGAGGCUGCCGGGACUGCUGCGCGUUUGCAAGAAGCUGAGCAUUGAUUGUGCAAAUGCAGUGGUCGGCUUUGAUUUCCACCAGGGCGCUUGCCACCCCAUGUACGAUGGCUUCAUUGUCUGCGAAGAGUUCCGCGAAGUGGUCUGUGCGGCUUGGGAAGAAGAUCAGCAGGAGCAGGCGCGCAAAGAGCAGGAGAAGUACGAGACCCGAGUGUAUGGAAAUUGGAAGAAGCUCAUCAAGGGUCUGAUCAUUCGCGAGCGUCUCAAAAGGAAAUACAAUUUUUAAAUGUUUAAUUUUCUACGUGUUUUUGUGUCGAUUGAAAUUGAAUUCCUCCUUUGUCUCAGUUUUGCGAUUAAAAUUAUGUUUGAUUUAAAUAAAUUGUGCUAUUUAUUAGAUUACUUCUAA